CUAACACGGCUUUUUGCUGGGCUAGCCGGACAUACCGGUCAGCGGAGGUUCCCAUAUUCACCACAUGAGAAGGUUUACAUACCGGAUUUCUACGCCCGUAUACUGCGAGGCAACAUAUCCACGAGACAGUCAACGUCAAGAACCUCGUUGGAAUUUAGCUAGCUAGCUGUGCGAUAAAAAUGGUGUGCGGUGAGGGUGCAAGUCGCGCUGCGCUCUCGGAGGUCAAAGUCAUUCCCCGCCAAAAGCGGAAGCUUGUUUGCCUUGUUUGCUUCGGCCAUUCUUGUCCGAAAUCACGAAACAUACCGCAUGAUGAACAGCAAAACGGCAUCGUUAUCUACAUGUUGGUAGGCUUUCUCUUCCUGCAAUUAACGAAUGCACUCAUAUGGAGGCCAUGAGUCAUUCCAUCAGGAGAUCUCUCCAGCCUUUCGCCCGGAGCCGACGCUCAUGGAGAAGCCCUGCCCGCCGGGCUGAGCAGAGAUGGAUUCAUAUCCAGCAGCUCCAAUCAGCUGAGCCGGGCCUCGUCAAUGGCAACUAUCUCCCCGCUUCGACCACAGCUAAUUCGGCUUCAUCUCCUGAUGCCAAGUUCCGAGUUCUCGGUGCUCCGUAUUCCAUCCUUUCCGUUACUCUCUCCGCAUCGCAAAACUUAUAUACACGCCGCGGAACUCUAGUCGGGCUAAGUGGGAAAGCAGACAAUGUCAUUUCGACUUUAAGUCUCCUAGAACCAGCUCGCCGGGCUUUACUUCGCAUCCCGUUCCUAUAUCAAAAGAUCUCCUCCACAAGCCCAAUUACCGCUUUGAUAUCGACGCGCUCUGCCAUAACCACGUUCUCUGUAGUCGAGAUGAAUGGCUCUGUCGAUUGGAUGAUAGCACAAGAGAAAGCCUUGCUGGCUUGGACAGGCCACUCUUUAAGAAUCAAACCGAGACUCACUAGACAACUAAGUUUGUCACACUGGGGAAAUUCGGAGGUAACUGGUCGCGGGUUACUUGCUCUCGUUGGCACAGGCCAACUUUAUUCGGUUGAAUUGAAAGCAGGAGAGCAAUAUAUCUCUCAUCCAAGUAAUGUUGUCGCAUAUACUAUCACCGCUCCUUCGCCACGCCCGUACCGGUUUAAAUCUACCAUUUUGCCAUUCCAGAUCCCUAGCCUUGGGAUUGGAAAACGUUUGUCAGAUUCAAAUUUCAUAAAGAAUUUGUCUGAUACCGAUACAUGGAAAGCUGCAUUGAAACUGUGGCACAUAAUUCGGACGUGGUCCCGGAGAACCAUUUGGGGUGAUCGAUUAUUCUUACAAUUCGACGGACCAGCUACGAUCUUGGUACAAUCCCGCGCUUCAAGAAUGGCGGACACCUUGACUACUCAGCAAGUGAACGAGAUUGCCGAUGCUCCUCCAGGUGUUACUCAAGACGCCGUAGACAGGGCAGCAGCAAAAUUAGGUGAAGAGGAGACCGUUCCAAAGGCCAAGGAUGAUUUAAAACCCACGACUGCGAUAUCUGGACAGAGUGUCGCUAGCGUUCGGCGUGACGGGAAGGUCGAGUUCCACCAAACUGGGGUUGGCCAGUAAAAAAUGAAGGCCACCUACUCCAUGCUGCCGGUGUCUAUUCCCUAAUGUUCAUUUGAUCCGUGUACAUAUAUAUAUUUAUCCUCGAAUGGUUUGUACUAUAGACAUGACAUGUUUCUUUUCUAUGUCGUUUCAGGUAGCUCUACUGUGAUAAUGACCCUUUGGAGUUGUGUCCCAAAUAAUCACCUUGCCCAACCUAUUCCGAUACCAGGCUGAAGUGCAAAACCCUAGACAACGGGCUGGGUUCUCUCAUCGUCUAAAUGAGCACCAGGGUGAACAGCAUCGGUAGGUAUGCUAAUUCUGACAGAUCCCUUCACCAAUGUCACUCCAUUGACCCAGGUAGUAAUGACCAUUUAACAACCGUUAACGGUAUAGCUCUCAAGCCAAUGCAAUUCGCGGUUGAUCAGCUAUGGAAGAAAUUCACAAUACAUUGCAUAUUAUUUCUCAAUUCCUACAUAAUUUCUGCUUCCGCAAUGAAAUACCCCCCUCCACGUUGGAAAAACAAACACACAGAAAAAAGGCAGCCCUUUAAAAAGGUAACUCAUUUAGUCGACGGAUUCGGACUGACCGUCUUGUCAGGGAACUUGCGGAAAAGAUCCGCCAGAUCAUCGAUAGGGGCUGUGAGGAGUCCUACCGCAGUUUCGAACGGCGGCUUGUCCGGUGCGCUUGGAUGAGAACGGGUAGGCACGAAUGUUUUAGUUCUCGAAAACGAAGUGGCGAGUUUCUUACUCUCUUCUUCGCGUAGUGCACUCUCAAGCUUAACGAGGUCUUCUUCUUCUUCCUUUUUGGAUGUGUUUCGAGAGGUUUUUCAUCAGGGCUUUAAUUGUAGGAAUGAAUUCUAGAUUGGUUGUCUUCAUGUUUUGGAAUUUUUUGUUCCUCUUUCACCUGUUUGGGUUUAUCAAGGGUUAAUAUAUGUACAAUAUAAGAAUGGAUUUUCCCGGGGUAAUUGAAAAAAAGGGGGAUCGCAAUACACACGACUUGAUGCUCUUCACGAUCCUUAUCGGCGAGGGCUUUCCCGCCCUUCACAUAUUUCUCGAGGGCAGGGUAAACGACCAACUCCUCGUCAAUGGAAUGGCGAGCCAACUCCCAGGUAAACUGGUUCUGAUAUCGAACCUGUUCAUCCUGGUCCUUGGGGUUUAUGAUCUUGUCAUAAUACGCCUCGAGCUCCCUAUGGUCUGUCUUGAUGGUAUCGGAAAUCGUCGUCAUGAUCGAUCGAGGUAUGAAGUGUGGACUUUUGCUGAGAGUUAUAUAAAAGCUCGAUGACUUAUUAGCUCUAAUGACAAUCAACAGAUUAAAGAGGGGCGCCUUGGGCCAUUGAGCCCAAGGAAAGGUGAUAUCGUCGUCAAAAAGUACACAUACUGUAUAUUGCUACAUACCGUAAUGCUAAAUGAGCAAAG